AUGGCCAAGCAACCUUCUUCUCCCGUUUGGAUGAUGCAUUCACCUGUGGCUAAUAAUCUCUACGUGGAAGAUGGGAUAUCCAGUGUAGAUAAAGAAUCUGUGGUGAGUGAAAUCGUUUAUCCAAUCAAGUCCCACAAGGCAAAUCAUCUACCACCGUCGCCGCAUCCUCUUCCACCGCCUUCUCAUGAAGUUGGGAAGAAAGCCGUCGUUUAUCUGACUCACACUCACAAGAUAUAUCUUUACUGUUUGUUUCAUGAACAGAUAAUCGCAGAGCUCGUGGGGACCUACAUUCUUGUAUUUGCAGGGUGUGGAUCGGCGCUCAUUGACCAAAGAGGUCCCAUAUCGUUGGUAGGCAUGGCCGUUGUGUGGGGCCUAGCAGUGAUGGUGAUGAUCUACACCAUCGGGCAUGUCUCAGGUGCCCAUAUCAAUCCUGCCGUCACCAUCGCCUUGGCUGUCUCCAGAAAAUUUCCAUGGAAACAUGUGCCAGCUUAUGUACUAGGUCAGGUGAUUGGUGGGAUCCUGGCGAGCCUCACCCUCCAUGCAUUGUUCGGGAAAGAUAAUCUACGGCCGACGCUCACUCUACCUCAGGGAGACACCAGCCCUAUCAAUACUAUUAUUUGGGAAUUCAUCAUCACCUUCAUUUUGAUGUUCGUAGUGUCUGGCGUGGCCACCGAUCAGAGGGCGGUCAACGAACUGGCAGGAGUUGCGGUAGGAGCAACGGUCCUGUUUAACGCUCUCAUCGCUGGGCAAGUGACUGGAGCUUCCAUGAAUCCUGCAAGGAGCAUUGGACCUGCCAUUGCUGCAAAACACUUCCAUUCUCUUUGGAUUUACGUGGUUGCGCCUAUCUUCGGCGCCAUCGCGGGAUCAGCCGUCUACACGCUCAUUCAGUUGCCUGACAAAUACAACAAAGACAUUUAA